UACACAGUGAAAGUGAUGUUAUUGGCACCAGUCAUAGAGUCAUUGAGCGUGAAGUAACUCCUAAAGUACGCCAAACAGUCAAGCUAAAGCAAGAAGUUAAUUUUGUAUGCAGAACCCAAGUGAAAGAAGUCAGUCCACUGGAUGUGAUAAAGGCUCUGGAAGCAGAUUUCACUGAGCACACAACAGAUGACAAUCCAGUAUCCCAGGAAGACAUUCUUUUCAUGUCCAAGGUAAAGAAAGGCAUUAGACAGAAGGAAGAUGGUCAUUACGAACUCCCACUUCCAUUCAAAACAGAUAAUCCAAAUCUCCCAAAUAACAAACAAUAUGCAGAACAAAGACUCUCUUCAUUGGAACGUCGUCUCAGAAGGGAUGAUCGAUACUACAAGGAUUAUGUCAAGUUUAUGGCUGAUAUAAUAUCUCAUGGAGAUGCUGAGAAGGUUCCAGAACAAGAGCUCGACAAGGAAGUAGCAUGGUACAUACCACACCACGGGGUGUACCACCCCCACAAGCCAGAUAAGAUUCGUGUAGUCUUUGAUGGUUCAGCUCGCUAUAAAGACACAUCCCUCAAUGAUCACCUCUUGACUGGACCAGAUCUCACUAAUGCCCUGGUCGGAGUGCUGUGUCGAUUCAGGAAAGGUCCUAUUGCCAUAAUGUGUGACGUGGAGAGAAUGUUUCAUCAAUUCCACGUAGUCAAGGAACAUCAAGACUAUCUGCGAUUUCUCUGGUGAGACAAAGGCAAUCUGUGCUCCAAGCCAUCCGUG